UUGCGAAUAAUAUUUUUUAUUAGUAUUAACCAUUUGGAUAAAGAUUUAAUGAUUUAGAUUUUAGGUAAAAUUUUAAUGUUUUAGAUUAGUUUUAAAAUGCCAAUGUUUCAAAAAAAAAACUAAAAAAUGCCAAAGACUACUGUUAGAGUGUUAAUUGUUUUUUAAGUGUGUUUUUUUAAAAGAGCACAUUAUUAUACUCAUAGCGUCUUCCUUUUCCCGCUCACUCAAACAUCGCAUUUCAGGGCGAGUCCCCCCGCCUCACUAUUCUUUGCCGGCGGUUCCCGACAACCGCCAUGGGCUCCGCCGCCGAUGCAUCCGUCAGCCUCCUCUCCGAACUCCAAUCCGGCAACGAGUUUUCCCGAAAUACAUACACUGGCUUCUCCAAUUACCUCCACGAAUUUUCCACUAUCUCUAAACCUAACAAAUCAUCCAAAUCCGGCGAGAAUUUCACCGCCAUCCGAGCUCUGUGCAAACGAUUCCUUCCGUUUCUGAACAAAGCGCUGGGUCUCCUUCCCAAACGCCUCUCCGAGACCUCAAAAAUCUCCAAGGAAUCUGCCUCUCAUCUGCUCGAUGUAUAUAGGCUUUGCUUAAACUGCCUCGAUUUAGUGGCUUCUCAGCUGGACGCUAAACCACACUCAGUUGAAUUACAGAAAUUACGUUUUGUGCGCUAUCUCGUGGAAUGGGAGAGGUACCAAGAGGCGGAAGGCGAAGCAUUUUGUAUACUGGAGAGUCUUCAGAGAGAUUGCUGUCAAGGGGAAGAGGCAAAAUCGGUAGUUUCAAAGAGGCGAGAGUUGUUGCCGCCUUUUAAUGAAGAAAACGUGGACCAAGAGUAUGCUUUGAUGGUAUUGGACAUAGCAGUAACACUUGUGAAAUGUGCUUGGAUGAAACAAAGCAAGGACGCAUCUGAUUAUGAUAGAAUACUCGAUUUAGUCAAUGAAGCAUUACCUUGGCUCAAGGUCAUAGAAGCCAAUGCAAGUGACAAAAUGCAUCAGAUGCUUUUGAAAUAUUUGAGCAGAAUUGCUUUGUUCAUGGCUGACAAUUUAGCUUGUUUUGGCGGGCAUUUAGUGUGCAUGUAUUGCCAGCAGAUUUUUGAUCUGUACAGAAGAUCAUCUCAGAGAGGUGAAGUUUGGAAGCUCGCACAUAAUAUGUGCUCUUCGUUGUUUGGACAACAAGAAGCUUCUGAUAUAGUUGAUGUAUUAAGAUGUAUCUUUGAAUCUAUGUCUGCGGAAAGCAAGACGGGAAAGGAGAGCAAUGCAAUAAAAUUUCUGGAACUCAUACAUUAUUCUGCUAAUAAAUGUCGAAAGACAAGGAAUUAUAGUUCUAUUUCAAUGCUUUUCGAAGAGCUAGCCAUCAACCAUAGCGGAAAAGGCAUAUCAACUGCCGAUUUGAUAAUUGGGAUUUAUGCAACUGGAUUGUCUAUCCUUCAUCUUACGUCUCACUCCACAAUUCAAGGAAACACAAAAGACGGAUCUGCCUUCAGGCUUUUGCUACGUCAAGAGAACAUUUUUCAGAAAUUGAAAUCUUUGCUUGAUUCAUUGAAACGUGACUUUGAUAUUGGUGUCAAAAGGAGGAGCUCGUCACACAAACAAAUUCUGUACCUGCCGUCAUAUUUUGAUGCCCUGUCAUUUUUAUGUCAUCCCUUAGCUCAGAUCUUUAUUUCAGAAAGAAAAGAAGAUUUUACCGAAAUGGAGAGUCUGUACGUUGUGCAGGAUGCAUUUAGUCAAUACUGCCAUUUGCUUAACCAUUGCCAUAGUGUGCUUGACAACAAACAAGAUGCAUGUGAUGAAAAAAAUAGUACGAUACAGGUAGCAGUCGCUGGCUUUUCACUCUCUUUAAGAACAAAGCUUAAAAUAGAGGAAAAUGCCAAGUUCAUAGAUUAUUUCAUUCACAGUGAUAUUCACACAUAUGGGCUUAAGUAUCUAUUUACAUCUCUUUACAAUCUUGCUGUUGCUUUUUACAGAGGCAAGCAAAUGAUAGAGGCUGCCAAGGCUUUAAAGUUUUGCAGCAAAGCAUCUUGUACGUGGAUCUUAAAGAGCUGUGAAAAGUUUUCCCAUAUAUCAAAUGAACUUCAAGACGAAAUAUCAGAAGAUUCUGUAAUAAGUUUCAUCAGUAAUUCAUUUUCCAAAAUUGUCAAUGUUCUGGACGUAGUUUAUCAUAGUUGUAGCAAUAAUGAGGUUGAUGAGAUUCUCACUGAUUGCCUCAAAAGCUGGUGUAUGGCAAAAUAUUUUUUUGAUACACUUCCAUGUCCCACAAAUAUUAUCAAGCAGUUUGUAAAGAUAAAACUGGGAGCUCUUAAGGAAUUGGGUAUAGAAGAAGAUGCCACAUUGUUGCAUCCUAUAUUGUCAUCUUCAAUAGAAUAUAAAGGAACUGUUGGAUUACUAAUGGAGGAGGAACUUCAAGCAUAUAAAGAUUUGAAUGCUAUGAACCCAAAUUUUUGUCAGAAAAUGCGAUUGAAGAUUAUGAGCAUUCUUUUAGAUAAAGUAUAUCAUACAGAGGAUGCAUACUCGCAGAGAGCUAGAAUUCUUAUUGCCAAGAGUAGGGAGUUAAGAGCUAAAGGACUUUGCCAUGAUUGCAUUCUAUGUCUAUCUGAAGCAAUAUCCACAAUGGAAAGAUAUUUUGUGGCAAAGAGAAGAGAAAGUGAAAAACUUAGCUGCAUGGAUUCAGCUUGUGAUAUAGUUCCUCGUGCAUACUGUAUUCGUGCACUGUGUACCAAUGAGAUUGAACCUAGCUCAAAGCUAUUUUACGAAGAUAUUCAUGCUGCAGUUAGAAUGUUUAACAGUCAUCAAUGCCACCCAUCUGAUCAGUGCAAUAUGUUGUCAGAAGCCAUGCUGAAUUUGUUCUAUCAGAUAAUUGAUUUGUUAUCAAUUAAGGGAGAUCUGAAUAUUCAUGCUGAAAUUUUUGAGGCGAUUGUUCGGUUAUUUCAAUUGAAAAAUAUUCCACUAGAGACAUUGGUGUCAUUGCUAUGGAAACAUAGACGAAUUAGUCAUGCUCUUUGUACUUCACAUGUUAAUGAUUUGUUCAUUCAAGCAUUAUCCAAGCAUUGUGGUAAAGCGGUCAAUUCCUUUGAAUACUGGACAAAUUGUCUAAAGGCAUCACAACCAUUGCUAGUUGGGUUUCAAAUGAGCUUCCACACAAUGUUUGCUCUUUCUUCUCAAAAUCCUUGCGACCAUGGUGUAUCCGUUCCACCAGAUAUUUCAGAUGCUAAAGUGAAGCUCACUGCAUUAGAUCUCGCUUCCAAUGUCCCACUAUCCAGUGCUUCAGCUUUUAUUUCAGCUUAUCUCUAUUAUGACUUGAGUGAAAGACUGGUUCAAAGUGGACAGCUAACUGAAGCUCUUUCAUAUGCAAAAGAUGCAUACCAUUUGCGACUUGCCCUUCUAAAAGGAAAGUUCCAGCUUCACAUGGAGCAGCAGAAUAAAAACUGUCUUGCAUCAUUCCAAAUUUUUGAUUCAGUUGCUUCAGAUGCUUGGUUUUCUGAAGGUGUCUCUUUUGAUUCUGAAAGUUGCAUACUCACUCCCUGGAAUGUGCUCCAGUGCUAUCUUGAAAGCACUUUACAGGUUGGAAUCAUUAAUGAGAUUCUUGGAAAUGGAAAUGCUGCUAAACAUUAUCUACAGUUGGGAAAAGACAUCGCGUUCUCUCAGAGCCUGCCGAUUUUCAUAGCUUCUUUUUCUUGCAUUCUUGGUCAAACAUACUUUAAACAGAAGCUAUGGGAGUUGGCUGAAAAGGAAAUUAAAGCAGCCAAAGCUUUGGUUGAUUGUUUCAGUGAUGUUUCUUGCAAGUGCAUAGUUGUAUUUGAAGUUUUCAUUGAUCAGCUUUUUGGAGAUUUAUACAUAAACCAGUUUUGUAGUAAUCCAGAAAGUUUUACUUCAAAGGAGUUAGCCCAUGCUAAAGAGAAGUAUGGAUCUGCUAUUGACAAGUUGGCUCUCUCUAAAUGGAAUGCUUAUUUGGACGGUCCCAAGGCAGUUGUUUCUGAUCAUCUGGUUUUGAAAGAGGUUCCUACAAAAAGAAGAAAUCCUAAAAAUGCAGUUGAAACUGUAAAUGCUAGUAAGAAAGAGGAGGUGUUAGAGUCUGGUAUGAGGAUGACAAGAUCUAGAUAUCGCUCUUCUAUAAAACAAUGUGAAACUGCUGGCGAACAGUUUGAUACUGCUACAGACUUGAACUGUAAAUGCCACAGAAUGAAUUGUUGGCACCAACUUCCUCUGGAGGCUCUUCAGUCUGGGUCUAUCAGGAAUUUCAUAUACUUUAAAUGGGAGUUUGUUCGAAGACAACUCUUACAAAGGAUGUUAAUCAGCAUAGGAAAAUGCUUGUGCCUAUGUGAUGAGAACCAUGAAGCUCAUAAGGUUGGAAAAGAUACUUGGUCAAAGUUGUUUGCAAUCGAUCAUGUAGAGAUGAUUUACCACAUUUGCUGGUCAGCUUUGAAAAGUAAUUGUUGCAAAGCAACUAGGAAACUAUGCAGUAAAGACAACUGUGAUUUUUCUUCUAUUAACAUAUCAGAGAUAGUCUACUGGUUGAAAGUAGCCUUUACUCAGAGCCGUGAGGUUCCUUUACUUUUUCAAAAGGUUUCAAGGUUGCUGGCUGCAGUCUAUGUACUUUCAACAUCCGUCAAGAGUCUCUCUAUACCAUCUAGUAGGGUAAUCCCUGAAAGUCAAUGGGCGUCCUUCUUCCAUCAAGCUUCAAUCGGUGCUCAUUUUAACCUCCAGCUCUUCUCAGCCACAAUGAGGCAGCAAAAUGGCCAAGAUCUCUUGGAUAUCAAGGGUUCUUGUCCUUCCUCAAACGAAGCUGGUAAGAGAAAUCACAUCACACUCAGGCUUGCGCCUGGAUCAGUUGACAGUCUAGAAGAUUUUGUUCAACAAUUUUUUAAGAACUUGCCUUCUAGCACAGUUGUAUGCAUUAGCCUCAUAUUCGGUGAUCUUGCCAUUUUGCUGAGUCAGCUGUUGUUCCGCCCUUCCCCUAUUCAAGCAUGGAUACUUUUGUCACGGAUGAGUUCAAUAGAUCAGCCUGUUAUAGUAAUUCUCCCUAUAAAUUCAGUUUUAAAAGACACUCAAGAACUAUGCUCCAGCAUUUCCUCUCAAGCCUGUGAUUUCACUAAGCAGUGGCAUUGCCCAUGGGCAGCAUCCGGUGUGAUUGAUACUGUGGCCCCUUCAUAUAGGGAUAUAUUGGAGAAUAAUCACUUUUCCUCCUCCACAUGUCUUUUAGAUGAUACAUCAGAAAGCAGGUCUUUAUGGUGGAAGUGGAGGAAGCAACUUGAUAAGGCUCUGUCCAAAUUUUUGCAGGAUUUGGAGGAACUGUGGUUGGGCCCUUGGAAAUACUUGCUUUUGGGUGAAUUGUCAGAAUGUGAGCUCUUGGAUUCAUUGUUGAUGAACCUCACUAAACAUUUAAAACUUGAGUAUAAAGUAGAUGUAAAUAUGACUCUUCUCAAAAUAGUUCUUGGAGGUGCUACUCAUGCAGCUGAGAAAGGUGAUUGUGUAUCUCAACUAGUUUCGACUAAUGGAUGUCACAUAGGUGGAGAAUGUGGCAGGAUGCCUCAAACAUUAUCAAAAAUUUGCACUUAUUCAGAAGCAGUUUAUAAAACAAUACUAGAUGCUGCUGCCAAACUGGAGGACUCUGGAUGCUUAAACCGAAAACCAAGCAUUCUCGUUUUAGAUUUUGAUUUGCAGAUGCUUCCGUGGGAGAACUUGCCAAUAUUAAGAGAUCAAGAGGUGUACCGCAUGCCCUCUGUUGGUGCAAUCACUGCAACUCUACUCAAGCGAUGCCUCCACCAAGAAACUCUUGAGGAAGGGGAUGGAUUAAAUUCAAUUCCAUUUAUUGAUCCCCUAGAUUCCUAUUAUGUACUGAACCCUAGUGGUGAUCUUAGUAGCACACAAGCUGAAUUUGAGAACUGGUUCAACGAGCAAAACUUCGAGGGAAAGAGUGGAAUCGCACCUACUGUUGAGGAACUGACCGGUGCCCUGAAGAAACAUGACCUAUUCCUUUACUUUGGGCAUGGAAGCGGAAUGCAAUAUAUCCCCGGAAACGAGAUCAAGAGUAUAGACCCCUGCUCGGCUUCCCUACUAAUGGGAUGCAGCAGUGGUUCCUUGAUCUCCAACGGGGCCUACAUCCCUCAGGGCGCUCCUUUAUACUUCCUCUCAGCAGGUUCUCCAAUCAUAGUCGCAACUCUGUGGGACGUGACCGAUAAGGACAUAGACAGGUUUGGCAAGGCAAUGCUGGAGUGCUGGUUCAGAGAAAGGUCAACGACAGCCAUUUAUGGAGGCUGUGAUCAAUGCAUGGCUGGUGUUUCAGAGGAGUUUGAGUGCCUGGACAUAGCAGGUAAGAAGGGAAAGGGGAAGAAGGGUAUGAACAAAAGUAGCUGUAGUUGUAGGCAUAGGCCUAGAGUGGGGUCGUUCAUGGGGCAAGCUCGUAAGGCAUGUGUCCUUCCAUAUUUGAUUGGGGCAGCCCCAGUCUGCUAUGGUGUCCCCACUGGAAUAACAAGAAAAACUGAUUAAUUAAUGAUAAUCGGUGUUUUAUUUUUAUUUUUUUAAAAAAUAUCUCCUUCCCUCAUAAAUGUGUAGAAAAUUAACACUCUUUUGUUAAAGAAUGGAAUGGAAUGUUCUUUUCCUGAAAUUCAACUCUAGAAUUUAAAAUGUUGAGGUUCACCUUCUAAACUUCAUCGUAGAAGAAACAUUCCAUUCUUUUGUCCCAAAAUAAAUUAUUUACUCCUUU